UUAGUCACUUUCUGUGAAUCUUCAAGAUAAAAUAAAUCUUCAACUAGCACGUGUGGGUAACUAAAUCGUGAAAAUAGAGCCUGAUGUACAAUUAAUUACAAGGUCAUAAACGAGUAACCGUUUUUUGUCAUGUCGCAAUACAUGAGCGUUGCAUCAAUUAAAUAUACGUAAUAUACAUACGUACAUAAUUAUAACUGCGAGUUGAGUAAUGAGACAUAGAAAUUUCAUUUUAAUAUUAUGCUUUUUCUAUUGCGACGUUUCGAGUUCUUCAAAAGUGAUUUGACAGUAAAAUACAACGUUACUUUCGCAUUUCGUUUUGUGUAUUAAGCUUUCUACAAAAAAGCCAUUACCUAAGCUUAAAGUCUGAAGCCGUAAGAAAUUGACUAAUCACAGUCGAGUAUGAGAGGGAUAUAAUCGACUAUAAUUAAUUGUUCAAUUUUUUUAAGACUUAAAGUUUAGAAGUUUAGAUAAUGGCUUUCUCAGAAGGACAAUUAUGUUUCUACACACGCGCGCUUAUACUUGUAUACACAGAUCUAUGUUACGUGUGCACGCUGCCUAAAUGCGUCUGCGCGUAUGUUUGCGCGUUGUCUAAAUCAAAUGGGACAACCAGGGACAACGGUAUUGGCUGUCCGCGAUCGCUAUCGUCAGCCAGUAUACGGCACACGCGGCAACGCGGCAACGCGGCAACGCGGCCGUGACAAUCAAAAGACGCGGAAGGAAUUAGGAACCGCGCGUAGUGGCGAUCUGCCGAUUAGUCAGAUUGUAGUCCACGUCGGCAUCGGUUGAUACUGUGCACUUUGUGUUAUACGCUCUUGAGAAUCUCUGAACGCGCGUCGCGAACUUUGUUACGUGCCGGACAAUAUGAAAGACACAAUAGACGAGAAUCAAGAGACCGACGUGUCCGCGCUGUGCCUCGACGUAUCAAAAGUGAAAUCGUUGGCCGGAGAACCACGGAAGUCUGAGUGUAACAAUGCACACGAUGCCGACCCUGGUGGAUGGACCUCGUUGCUGGUACUGGGCGGUGCCACUUGCUGCCUGGGAUCAGCAUUACCAGCAGGAUAUAACUUAGGUGUCAUGAACAAUCCUGCUCAUCUUAUGCAAUCGUUCUGCAAUGAUAGUAUCAGGGAAAGAUAUAAUGUACAAUUGUCCAGCCAUGAGCUCCAGGUUCUCUGGUCCGCCAUAGUGUCAGUUUUUCUUAUCGGAGGUGUGUCUGGGUCUUUAAUCGCUAGCUGGUUGAGCGACAGAUUCGGACGGAAAGGCGCGCUGAGCAUUGGAAAUGUUUGCGGGAUUGUAGGAGCCGUUCUGUUCAUGUUCGUACGAAUUAUGAACUCAGUUGAGCUUUUUCUGCUUGGCCGAGUGAUUGUCGGACUUUCCGGUGGUCUAGCUACUGCUUUGCUCCCGAUGUACAUGACUGAAAUAGCACCUUUAAAAUUGAGAGGUGCUGUCGGGGUCUUGUGUCAAUUGGGUAUCACCUGCGGCGUACUGAUGGGCCAAAUUGCCGGGCUCGAAACUGUCCUGGGCACUCCUGAGUCCUGGCAUAUAAUGUUAGCAUCUUUCUCACCGCUAUGCCUCGCUGCAUUAUUAUUAACUGUACUGACUUUGCCGGAAAGUCCAAAGUAUCUGUACAUAAUCAGAGGAGAACAAGGAAUGGCUCUUAAAGAGCUCAGUCGUUUGCGCAACAUGGACAUAAUGCUCCUGCAAAACGAGAUCGCUAGCUUGCAACAAGAAUUAGCGACAAGAUCAGCAAGUGAAACGUGGAGCAUUAAGCGCGUGUUGAGAGAACCGACUGUGAGAUUAGCUCUGUUCUUAGUGUGCCUCCUGCAAUUUGGUCAGCAACUUAGUGGUAUUAACGCGGUUUUUUAUUACUCAAACACGAUAUUCCUCAGUGCUGGCCUGGGAAUUGCCGGUGCUCAAUAUGCGACUCUAGCCACUGGUGUUGCAAAUAUGGGGAUGGCGGUGAUUUCUGUGCUGGUAAUGUCACUAUUUAGCAGAAGAAAAGUAUUGUUCCUGAGUUGUUACUUAUGCAUAGGAUGCCUUCUCUUUCUGAAACUCUCUAUUGCACUAAUUCACAAAGGCUCAUUCAUGUCAUGGCUUUCCACCGUUUUGGUACUGGUGUACGUUAUAUCUUACGGUAUCGGUCUCGGUCCUAUACCGUAUUUCAUCGGUUCCGAAUUGUUCGAUGUAGGUCCUAGGCCUUCCGCUAUGUCGUUAGGCAGCAUGUUUAAUUGGGGAGGCAACUUCCUCGUCGGGAUGAUGUUCCCUUCGUUACAGGCUGCGAUCGGCCCGUACGUCUUUCUGAUCUUCGCUGGGUGCAUACAGAUCUUGGUGAUAAUCAAUCAGACCUACUUGCCUGAAACGCGAGGUCGAAACACGACCGAAAUAGCGGCAGCUAUGACUCAAGGCUUCAAAUCAAAACCGAAUGCAACAUUCGCUGCGUAGACUGAAUGUUUGCAAUUCGACCAAGUACUUUUUAUACAGUUUU